CUUAAAGAAGACGAGAGGAAUCUGUUCAAGGCCAGAAAAGCCAAACCCUUUUAAUUAAACCGUGUUUUCGUCCGUCGGUCGGUGUAGCCUUUUUCCCCCGUUUUACAGUCUCCCCCUUUACGCUUUUACUAUCUCUGUUUCUACAUACCCUUUUGCUGCGCAGCUUUGUCCUUGCCCUGUGUAAGAAUGGAAUGGCGCACUAACUAACUCUGAGAGAGAGAGAGAGAUCGAUAAUGGAAAAUGGAGGGAAUCUGCGUAAGGCAGCUUAUUGCGAUUGCUUUGCUUAGCCAGGACGAGAGGAGAGUCUCUUUCCGUUGGCCAUUUACGUCGAGAUAAUUAAGCUUGCAUGUGCUCUCUACUAUCUAUAUUAAGCUCCCCGACGGAACUCCUAAACCGUCAUCUGAUCAUUUAACCACAACAACACUUCCUUCUUAAUUUCUUUCCUCUCUCUCACCGACGUCUUCUUCUUCUUCUUCCUCUUCGUUCUGUUCGUCCAAAGUCGACAUUUACAAGGUGAUCAAGCGGCUUAUUCGCAUCUUGCUUAAUUUGCGCGCAUUCAUAGUGAAUCUCAAGGUACGUGCAGUGUUUUGCUAAGCUUUCGUUGUACUUGAAGAGAGUCUUUUAAUCAAGGAGACGCCAUUACUAAUUAAGCUGUGUUUUUUUUAUUUGUUGCAGUAACGUAAGUGGUUGUGUUUCUCUCCUUAAUUGUCUUCCUCGGGAUUAGCAAGCUAAGCUAGCUGUUGAUCAAGCUCUGUAGAAGAUCCUCCUCUCAGGCCGUCGGCGUAAUAUUAUCUCUUGAGACUUGGAUUCAGGUAUAUAUUUGGGGACAUUAUGAGCCACCUCUUAACCAUCUCUCCGGCGGCCGGCCCUCGAUCUCUUUUGUACUGUGGCUUGCAUGCAUGUAUAGCGAAAUAAUGUUCAUUAAUUCUAAAGUUCUAACUCGCUACCGUACUGGUUUAAUUUACAGCUUGCUUGCGAACUUAGAAUGGCAAGGGUUGUAAGAUUUCGAGAUGAGGUCGAGAUUAUACCGCCGUCGUCCUCGUCCUGUUUUCCGGCCGCCGCCUGCAACCUGCUGAAAAUGGCCGGAAACAAGAUUACCGGCGCCGUCAGUCACCUACUCCACGGCGCCGCUCACUGCGUUCACUCGGUGGCCACCUUUAGCGGCAACGUUUGGUGGGUUUUCAAGGACGUGAUCCGGCCGUCGCCGAUGAGCUCGCUGGCGUGGACGGCCUCCUUCCCGUUCUUCCUCUACGGAUACGACGUGGCGAUUCAGGACUCCACGUUUUACCUUCGGCACGACCUUCACCUGAGUGGCAGUGAGCUCGCUGUCUACCUCACGUGUACAGGGAGGGUUGGGUACGCCGUGGGCGCCGUUGCCGCCGGCGUGGCCGCAAACUACUUCGGACGGCGGUAUGUCCUCGCCGCCGGGGGGGUCCUCUACACCGCCGGGACUCUUGUCGUGACGUUCACCUCGGGCUACGUGGAGUCGACGGUUGGACGGGCGCUGGCCUGUUUCGGCGUGGGGAUGGGCCUCCUCGUGGGACCCAUUUUCAUCGCCGAAACGGCGCCGUCCACGACACGUGGAUACCACGGUACCUUCCCACAGGUAUUGAUGGUUGUGGGGACCAUAACGGUCCACGUCCUCGACCUAGCGUUUUUACGAGUUCCCAGGCAUCUGGCCUGGAGGCUGAUGCUUGGGGUCUCUGCGCUACCGACCGCGUACUUCACCUACGCGGUCAUCUCGAGACGUUUCACGGACACACCAUCCUGGAUGGCGAUGCGUGGUCAGGUGCGGGCCGCAGAGGUACUGAUGGAGCGCUGCGGGGCUAGCGGCACAGAGUCGUACGACCGGGGAUACCAUCUGGAGAGGCUUGCGAGGUUUUUGACCUGCCACGUACCCGACCCCCACGCUGAUCGGUUCCCUGGACGGAUCACAGGGUUCUGGGGAGACGUCUUUCACUACGCAGACGAUUACCCCCGUGACGCCUUCGCGGCCGCUGUUCUGUACGUCGCCCAAGAGGCGAUGUUCGAACAGAUGGCCCUGCGACUUGUCCCUACUGUCCUCACUCGACACACACUAGUGUCGAGGUGGUCCUUCCCAAUCGCAGGGCUCGUGCUAGCCCUCGUCAGGCUGGCCGCGACGUCGAUCUCCAUGCACGUUGCAGGGAGAUCGAUGGCGCGACGUAGGGGACUCCUGCUCGUGGGCCUCGGGGUGUCAGCCUGCUUGUUGGGACUUCUGAGCGGUACGGCCUUCGUCGACGCACACGAGCACCUCAGUAGUGAGAUGGCCUUUGCGUUGACGAGCGUCGGGUUGCUAGCGCUCGAGGCGGCAGUUGGCGUUGGACCGGGGCCCGUCCCAUGGACGUACGGGCCCGAGGUGCUCCCUCUCACUGUACGCGCACCCACUCUAGGUCUUUGUCUUACGUUCAAGUUUGCUAGCGGUGUACUGUUAGGUUGGACUUUUCCUCAGCUGUUCUUCACUUUUCACCGAGCGUGGUUGGUUUUCCUCGGUGCAGCUGCGGUCACGUCACUUUUUUUCCUUUUCUGUUGUAGGUUUGUUAGGAUGACUACCUGUAGACUACUUAUGGACGAGUCAGAUUAGAUGAUUGUUGUUGUUUUUUUUUUGUACCAAAUAAUGUAAUGAACUGGUGGUUAAAAAUAAAACAUUUCUUCGUUUCCUACUAAUGGGUUGAAUUAGUUUUGUUUUAGAGAUUAUUUCUUCUUCAAUUUAAAUUUUGGUGAUAUGGUAAUGUUGCAAAAGUCUCUCGGGUCAAGUCGCGUUCGCUUUUGUCCAUAUUACUUGGAGUGAAUCGAACACUCUUCGAUCGGCUCUAACCUUAGGGUCAGAAUCGAGACUUGAUCUGCAAUUAGGAGAUAGUGUCGGGAGUAUAUUACGUAUUGGGAAGUUAAUCACACACCCACAACACCCUAAAUUGGUACUAUUUAAGUUGAUAAAUUUUAUACGGAUUGAUUGUUUUUAGUAAUUAUUGUGUAUUUUUAAUAUCCCAGUCCCACUGGAUCAUUAAUAUAUUGCUAAUUUAUUAGUUAUGAUUUAACUAAACGUCUACUGACGAAUCUUAGAAUAUAUUAAAGCGGUUUGAGAAAUAGGCACUAUCCACGUAAGCCUUGAAUUUCUCCCCGCGUUUUUCGGAAUUAGAUAUUUUUUUUGCUUUUUGUAAUUUUUUUCCGCGCGUUUUUAACUGAGAAGCAGUUACCCACUAUUUGUAUUUUACUCAAAGUUAACCUUCUACACUUCAAAUCGGUGUGUUUGAUAAUAAAUUAAAAAUAAAUUGGAAAAGGGAAAAUCACCCAUACUUUAUCACGGAUAUUUUGGGAAUGUGUGGAUAACUAGGCUUUUCAUUUAAAAAAAACUUUAGAUGGCUUCUUCCACAAUUUUUAACUCGGUGUUUUGCCAUGAUGUUCAAUAUGUUCUUUUUAAUUUUUAAUAAGAAAUUAAGAGAUAUAUAGUAUACAUAUGUUUUUGUUGCAUAAAUAGAUUUCAAUUAUGCGUGAAAUAUUACAAAUUUGAUCAAUACAUAAUAAAUCUCUUUAAAAAGUAUAUAUAAGUAAGGAAGACGUGACAUUUAUUAUAGAUUUCAACAGAAUAAAUUAUUUAAAUAAAUGAGUGUCAAUACUCCAGAAUUACAAUGAUAUCCAAUGUUACUUUUUUAGGCGUUAAAUCAGAGAACCAAAAAAAAAAAAAAACACACACACGAUGGAAUGAAAAUGAGCAAAAUACAUAAGUACAUCGAGAUCACAAGUGACUGGAAGCCAGUUUUUGCUAAUCAUACUCCAAAACCAUCAAUUAUCAAAACGGGUAGUUUACGAAAAUAGAGAUGUAUGUUUUUCCUUUCUUUCUUGAAUGUCUCUAGGAGGUGAAUUUUGUGUUGUAAUUUACCAGGAGGGAGUAAAACUUUUAAUGACUCUAUUUGAUAUUUUUUACAAAAUCUAUCUACGUGAUUCUAGAAAUUUUGUUAAUUUAAUUCAUAAAAUAUAUUAUAGGAUUUCUCAAUAAACCCUUCUCCAUUUCAAAUUUUCUCGCAUGUCAUGUGUCCACGUCAACACUAUUUUUUUUCUCUCUCUCCUUUUACCACGGAUAAACAUCCUGUUUGUUUCUACGAACCGCAAUUUUUUUUUUUUUAACUUCUUACAAUUUUUAAAAUUUUCCCUCUAUACAUCCGGCGUUAAAGGAGUUUACCAAAAAAACUAAUAAAUAUAUUAAAAUAAUUAAAUCACUCCCCUUUUCCUUUUUUCUCUCGCACCAGAUGUGUAGAAACCUUUUUUUACUAGAAAUCAUCAUGCAUAACUUAGUAAUUAUCCUUUAAAAAACAGAAUAACAAUUUAACUUAUUAAUUACCAGUAAUUGUGGCAUGCUAUAAAAUAUUAAGGUGUUC